AUCUGACAAUUUAGCGUUUUAAUUGCUUUCAUUGUUUUUUAUAAUUUAUAAUUUAAAUUAAAAACCAGAGUUAAAUUGUUAGUUAACCCACUGAUUAAGUUUAUCCAAAGUUUUUUUAAUUGCUUCAAUUUUCAACAAUAACAAUUGGAUAGAAUCAGAUUGAUUAAGAUUGUCUCUAAAUUGUUGACUAUCGAUGUCAAAUUUGAUUAAUUAAUAAAAUAAAUUGAUGGCCAAUUGGUAAAUCUGAUUGUUACAAAUUGAUCAGUUACAAUUAAAUUGACCAAAGCCAAUUAAUUUUCAAUUUUUGUUCCUCAUAAACUAAAUGGUUCAUUUAGUCACAGCAAUUAAAGUUAAUUGUCAAUCUUUUUUUCUAAAAGUGUCUAAAUCUAUUCACAAUUGAAUCAAAUUAAUAUGAAUGAUAAAAUUUUCAUCUUAUUGUUUUUCUUAAUUGUUUGUUGCCUAAUUAAUCAAUCACAAUCAGCUCGUAAAUGUCGUAAACCAGGAAAAAAAUCAAGACAGCAAUUGAUUCAAUAGAAUCAAAAAUUGAAUCAAAAAUUAACACAAAUCAACAACAAUUAUGGAAUCCAACUCAGUCAUUAGCAAUGAAUCAACAAUGGACCAAUGGGUUUGGUCAACAAUUAACUGGACUCAAUCCAAUUGUUUCAUCAAUCGAAAAUCGGGGAAACAACAAUUUGCUAACUAACCCUUUCGGUAUUCUGGUCAACCGACCUGCCGAUUCAUCGUCGACAUCAGAGGUGGAAGUAAAUGUGCCAGUGUCUUUUCCGAAUCAAGGAUUAUCCUCAUCAUCAAUCGUCGAAGCGAUUGAACAACAAUUUGCACCAUGGAAAGAAUCGACCUCUUCUUCGGCCUCAUCAUCAGCUCGAGGUUCGAGUGUUGACCUACAAGAGGUCGCAGCUUUUGAAUUGAAUAAAAUGCUACAAAAAGCACAAUCAGCUCAAUGGAAUUUACCGAAAAUUCAGCAACAAGCAACUUUCUAUUCUUCUUCGUCCUCUUCUUCCGCAACAUCUUCUUCCUCCGAAUCACAAGUUAAACUAUUCUCACCAGAAUCUUUAUCCAUGAAAGAAUCUUCCAGUUCUGAAUCUUCUUCUUCUGAAGCAUCUGCAGAACCAGAGGUAAAAGUUACUCUCCCGAAAUCUUUUUCUCAUAAAGAAUCUUCUUCGCCCUCUUCGUUGAAAGCUCAAGUGAAUAUACCUCAGUUUCCAACUACGAAAGCAUCAACUUUUCGUCAACAUCGUCAGCUUCCACAGCGAACAACCAACAAGAACAGUUUGUUCGUGAAUUGGCUGAUGCGAUGAGUAAGCAACAACAAUCGGUGUCUGUGAAAGCAUCUGAAUCUGUCGCAUCUUCGAAAACUCCAUCUUCCUCUUACAAAACAUCCACAAUUCCGUCUCAUUCCGCCUCACCAGUAACUUCGCCUUCGAACCCCUCGCCUUCCAUAAGCUUAUCAUUCUCUCCAAGAGCAACAUUAGAAUCUUCCUUUGAUAAACCUUCGUCGUCGUCAUUAGUAACUCAGACUAAACAAUUGCCUUCGACGGCCUCAUCUGUGUCUCCUAAAGUAACCUUGACUACGAAACCAUCACCUCAGUCAACCCUUGAGACAAAAGCAUCACCAGUACCUCAUUCAAAUUCAUUGACAUCUUCAUUCCAAUCUCCCUCUGCCUCUUCAUCAUCAGAAACUCAUACUAAACAAUUGCCUCCAAUCAUCUCAUCAGUAUCUUCACCGACAACUGAACCAACACAAGAGACACAGAUCUCCGUUAAAGUUACGAAAGCUCCGUCAGAAUCAACUAACAAACCUGAAAAAUCCAAAAUCACAAUAACAGCAUCUCCAUCUUCUCAUAUCGACACUAAACCAUCACAAAUAACGGAACGAAUUUCCCCAACAUUAACAAUCAAAACUCAAGGAAAUACUUUGAAUACCCAAAGUUCAUCUUCUAAAUCAGAAGAGGAAAUAAUUGUGCCAAUAUCUUUAUCGACAGAAAAAGCUUCCUCUUCAAAAUCUUCGCCAUCAACCCGAUCAGAGGAACAUGAAUUUCCAUCUUGGAAGGCCACAGUUUCUUCAUCGAUAUCAACUGGAUCCCAGGCUAAGACUUUGAGUUACGAUCAACAACAAGAACUCGCAGCUUUAGUAUCAGCUCAGAUUUCACAGAGUAAACAGUCAAGCCAAAAUGGAGUGUGGACUUCAGCCCAAGCAGAUCAACAGACUACAUCUAAUAAGCAACAAAAAUCAGUUACACACGAUUCGGUAUCUUCAUCUUUAUCUUCAGUAACUCUUACGAAACCUUAUUCGUCUCCUCUAGUAACUUUGACAGCAAAAGUAUCACCAGUGUCUCAUUCAGAUUCAUUAACAUCAUCAUUCCAAUCUCCCUCUUCAUCACCAGAAACUCAUACUAAACAAUUACCUUCGACGGUCUCAUCCUUGUCUUCACCGACAACUAAACCAUCAAAAACAACGGAACAAAUUUCCCCGACAUCAAGUGCACCGGACUUUUCCUCGCCAUCGAUAACUUCUCGAGUUACUCAAAUACGAAUGAAAAGACCCCCAGAUGGAACAGAAUAUAAAAAAGAAUCAGAUUAUGUUAAUCCGAAUAUUGUAAUACCUAAACUCGAAUUCUAUCAUAAUGUACCUAACGAAGGCCAAGUUAAUAAUCAAAAAGUCAAUUUGGAGUUUUCAGAAGAACAAGUUUCUCCGUCGAUAUCUACUCCUUCCUCAACCAUUACAUUGAGUUACGAUCAACGACAAGAGAUCGCAAUUCAAGCAUUAGCUCAGAUGUUACAAAAAGAACAAUCAAAAUAUUCUUCAUCCUCUUCUUCAAUAGAAUCUUCUAAAAUAAAUGUUCCUUCACAAGAAUCAUCAACUCUUUCAUCUUCUACUAUAUCAAAAGCUUCUCCAAACACUGAACCUCUUUCGGAACUUGUGUCAGAUGAAACUGAAUUUCCUUCUUUAUCUCCUUCAUCCGGAUUUUCUUCCUCAACAGCGACUGAACCUUCGAACGAGGCUUCUUCCAUAAGCUUAUCAUUCUCUCCAAGAGCAACAUUAGAAUCUUCCUUUGAUAAACCUUCGUCGUCGUCAUUAGUAACUCAGACUAAACAAUUGCCUUCGACGGCCUCAUCUGUGUCUCCUAAAGUAACCUUGACUACGAAACCAUCACCUCAGUCAACCCUUGAGACAAAAGCAUCACCAGUACCUCAUUCAAAUUCAUUGACAUCUUCAUUCCAAUCUCCCUCUGCCUCUUCAUCAUCAGAAACUCAUACUAAACAAUUGCCUCCAAUCAUCUCAUCAGUAUCUUCACCGACAACUGAACCAACACAAGAGACACAGAUCUCCGUUAAAGUUACGAAAGCUCCGUCAGAAUCAACUAACAAACCUGAAACAUCUAAAAUCACAAUAACAGCAUCUCCAUCUUCUCAUAUCGACACUAAACCAUCACAAAUAACGGAACGAAUUUCCCCGACACCAAGUUCAUCGGAAGUUUCGAGUCCAUCGAUAACUUCUCGAGUUACUCAAAUACGAAUGAAAAGACCUCCAGAUGGAACAGAAUAUAAAAAAGAAUCUGAUUAUGUUAAUCCGAACAUUGUGAUACCUAAACUUGAAUUCUAUCAUAAUGUACCUAACGAAGGCCAAGUUAAUGAUCAAAAAGUCAAUUUGGAGUUUUCACGAGAACAAGUUUCUCCGUCGAUAUCCGUUCCUUCCUCAACCAUUACAUUCAGUUACGACCAACAACAAGAACUUGCAGCUCGAGCAUUAGCUCAGAAUUUACAAAAAGAACAAUCAAACCAAUGGAAUAAACCAAAUAUCGACCAACAAUCCGCUAUGAGUUCGUCAUCUUCUGCAUCAGCAUCUUCGACAUCACAAUCAGGUGCAACUUUUGAUUCACCAUUCAAUUGGCCGCAAAAAGAGUUAAUAUCUUCUAAAUCGUCUUCAUCUGCAUCCGCAUCCGCUUCUUCAGAAGCUGAGAUAGAUACUCCAUUUGGAAAAGUAUUAAAAGACUCUUCCUCAUCAUCGGCAUCAGCUGAAUCUUCAGUUGGAGUAUUGAACUACGACCAACAAGAACUUGCAGCUCGAGCAUUAGCUCAGAAUUUACAAAAAGAACAAUCAAACCAAUGGAAUAAACCAAAUACCGACCAACAAUCCGCGAUAUAUUCGUCCUCUUCUGCAUCAGCAUCUUCGACAUCAGAAUCAGGUGUAACUUUUGAUUCACCAACCAAUUGGCCUCAAAAAGAGUUAAUAUCUUCUAAAUCGUCGUCAUCUGCAUCCGCAUCCGCUUCUUUAGAAGCUGAGAUGGAUACUCCAUUUGGAAAAGUAUUAAAAGACUCAUCUUCAUCAUCGGCAUCAGCUGCAUCUUCAGUUGGAGUAUUGAGUUACGACCAACAACAAGAACUCGCGGCUCAAGCAUUAGCUCAGAAUUUCCAAAAUAAAAUGUCCAACCAAAAUGGAAUGGGAAUAUACCCAAUAAUCAGCAGCCAUUUACUAGUUAUUCUUCGGCAUCUUCUGCAUCAGCAUCCGCGAAAUCAGAAUCAGAUGUAACUU